CUACGGGUAAAACGGAAAAAUUUCCAGUAUCGGAGAAAGGAUAAAAAGAGAUAGAAAAAGAAAAAAGAGUCGAGCUCGUAUUGGGAGACGACUCUGAAAUCCAGUCAGCACUCAGCAGUGUUCUCCAAGGCAUUCACUUCUUAAAAACCCGUACUACUGGACUGGAGUAGUAUUACAACAUCGUAAACACCCACUUUUUAUUACCAGGACUUCACCCCCAAACCUUAAUUACAAGGGUUUUGUUUGUCUCUCCCCAUUAAUUCACACAAAGUGAGAGUACCAAGUACCAACCAUGGCUGCGAAAUUGAAGAUAGCUGGGGCAUGGUCAGGCGUGUUGGAGGUUGAAUUGGAGACAUGGAGUGUGUCUAUGUUGAGGGCCCAGGUGGCCCAACGAUCGGGCUGUGGGCCAGACUCGAUCAACCUUAUUUGCGCCGGAAAGUUACUUAAAGACGGCGAUGAAAGUUUGAGCCAGUUGGGUGUCAAAAAUAAUGGGAAAAUAAUGGCUACUAGGGUCGCUGCUGAUCAGGGAAAGGCUUUGAUGGUUGAGAAUCAGAAGGCUAUGGCUGAAGAGGAACGCUCCUCUAGACUUGCUAGAAUCAAAGCUGCUGCUAUGUCGCUAGCCAAGCGACAUGCAGAUGGUUCCCUGCCAAUGGAAGACUUUAACCUUGAGUUAGAGAAUCAGAGUGGAGAGAAAGUGCAGUUGGGAACGGAAAAUGACCAGAGGGCAAUUAUGACGGGCCUUAUGCUUCAUGCAAGUGCAAAACAGCUAAUUAAAAAGCAACAAUAUGAAGAUGCUCUUGAAGUCCUUUCUAUGGGGGAGGAGGCUUUUUCUAUCUGCGACUCAAAGCUCAUUGAGCUGGUGGAUAAUGUCCCAAUACUACAAAUCGAUAUGGUCUGGUGCUAUUUCAUGCUUCGAGAUAUGAGCUGGCUCUCGUUGGCAGGAGUACGCCUUGCUAAAGCUAGAGUAGGGAUUGAGCGUUCCCAUGGCAAAGAAUCUAGCCGAGUAAGAAUCCUGCAAGGAGGUCGCUGCCCGGAGCUUCCGUUAUACUUGAGAAUGGACCUCCUAGAAGGGGUGGUGGCAUAUCACAGUGGGCAGCUACAAAAAUCCAAGGAUUUUUUGGCCUCGGCUCAGGCUAAGUACUUGCGGCUUCAGGUGCCUGAUGAACUUUUGUCGCUCCUUAUGAGCAUGGGGUACAAACAAAAUGAUGCGAAGAGGGCCCUUCGUAUGAGUGGUCAGAAUGUUGAGAGUGCUGUUGACCUUCUUGUCGAUCUGAAGGAGAAAAAAAUGCGCAAGAGGGAAGAUGACAGACGUAGACAACGUGAAAUUAUGGAACAGAAGCGUUAUGGAAUAACACCCCUCAGAAAAGCUGUGGAUUUACAGAGGUUGAGUGAACUGGAGUCUAUUGGGUUUGAGAAAACACUUGCGGCUGAAGCCCUAAGAAGAAAUGAGAAUGAUUCUCAGAAAGCUUUGGAUGACUUGACAAAUCCAGAAACUAAUGCUGCCAUACAGCUCAAUGUUGAAUCUAGGCGAAGGAAGAGACUGCAUCAAGAACCAGAUGCUGUAAUUGAAAAACUUGUUUCCAUGGGUUUUUCGACACCAAUGGCUACUGCAGCUGUUAAUGAGUAUGGCACAGAAGAUGCAGCACUAAAUCAUCUGCUUUCUCUGCAUAACAAUCCAAAUGGAAGUGCUGCUGCUAGUUCAAAUCCUGCCAAUCCUGCAAAUCCAGUGCCUAAUAUCAGUGGAGAAAACGCUCCAGGGUCGCAUCCAUCUGUUGAAUCUCAUACCUCUGAUGCUAGUAACGGUGAGACAUCGACUCUAUAUCAGGAAGAGGAGCGAGACGUGGAGAUGGAAGAUGAAUUGACUGAAGAACUUCAGAGAGGAGAUGCUUUGUCUGACUAUGACAUUGAAGUGACUAAAGAAGGGGAAGCCAUAAAUGAGUAUCUGGCGUUGAUUGCUACAGCGGAAGAGAACACUGAGAAAGUUCCAUCUUCAGAGUGACCGGUAACAAGUGAUAUAACCUCUGCUAAUCUCACUGUCUCGCCUAAGAAAAAUAAGUCGCAGACUUUCUGUAUAUAGAGUUUAAGCUAUGAUCUGAAGAACAUAACCCUACCUUGGUUUCUUUAUCUUGGUUAGAUGUGUUUCGUAUGCUGAUGAUACCUGUGAGUGGCAGGAUUAAUAUUUAGAGGGCAUAGUAUUAUUAUGGUAAAGGUCCAUGCAUUAACAUGAAAAAUUAUUAAGAAUUAAGUACCAAACAAGUUUCGGGAACA